GGGGGGUUUCCUUUCUUCAUUCUUCAGCCCCUUAUCUCCCCCGCCCCAAAAAUGGCUUCCACAGCCUCACUCUCUCUAACUCAAACACCUCAAAUCCAAUACCCAACACGGCGGAAAACUCCCUUACCCCAAAAACCCCACAAAAAACCACUUCUUUUCCUUCCCAAACCCACCCUUCAUCCUUCUCUUGUCUCUUUCCCUUUCCCUCUCAAUCUCAAUUCCCCUCCAAACCCAGCUCGUUUCUGCCCUUUGCACGACUCCCUCCACGACAACUUCGUCGAAAACAUCGAAAACCCAUCAAAUUUCCUCUUACCUAAAGCCCAAAGCCACCAAAUUCUUUCUCCAGAAUCGACCCCAAGGCUCUUUAUUCAAGACCCACCUUGGAUAUCAGCUUUAUUCUUAAAGGGUCUUUACAAAAUGACCAACCAGACAGUCAAAAUAGAGCACAAAGAGAUUGAGAAAAGGAAGUAUAAUCUGCUAAGAAGGAGACAAGUGAAGGAAGAGACUGAAGCUUGGGAGAAGAUGGUGGAAGAAUACAGGGAACUGCAGAGGGAAAUGUGUGAGAAGAAACUGGCUCCUAAUUUGCCUUAUGUGAAAGGGUUGUUUUUGGGAUGGUUUGAGCCGAUGAGGGAGGCAAUUGCAAGGGAACAGAAGGUUCAGAAGGGAAAAAGUAAGAAGCUGAGAGCGGCUUAUGCGCCGCAUAUUGAGUUGUUGCCGGCGGAUAAAAUGGCGGUUAUUGUUAUGCAUAAGAUGAUGGGGUUGGUUAUGGGAGCUCAGGAAGAUGGGUUUGUGCAGGUUGUGCAGGCUGCUGUGCACAUUGGGGUGGCUAUUGAACAGGAGGUUAGAAUUCAUAACUUCUUGGAGAAAACUAAGAACUAUCAGAGGAAGAAGACUACAGAUGAGGUUCAAGGUUUGAGCAAGGAGAAGGAGAUACUUAAAAAACGUGUUAAUAGUUUGAUUAGGAGGAGAAGACUCGUUGAGGUGCAGAAGCUGGUAAAAAAUGAAGAAAUUAAACCUUGGGGUAGAGAUGCCCAAGCUAAGCUUGGAAGUCGUCUUCUAGAACUAUUAACUGAAACAGCUUAUGUACAACCUCCAAUUGACCAGUCAGGGGAUAGUCCUCCCGAUGUUCAACCUGCUUUUAGGCAUAAAUUUAAAACUAUCUCGAAGGACCCUGGGAAAAAAAUGAUGAAGAGAUAUGGGGUUAUUGAAUGUGAUCCCCUAAUACUUUCAGGGCUUGAUAGAUCUGCUAAGCAUAUGUUGAUUCCUUAUGUGCCAAUGUUGGUGCCUCCAAAAAAAUGGAAAGGGUACGACAAGGGUGGCUACUUGUUCUUGCCUUCUUAUGUCAUGCGAACUCAUGGAUCGAGGAAACAACAAGAUGCACUUAAGGGUGUGCAUGUGAAAAAGAUGCAGAAAGUAUUCGAGGCCCUGGAUACACUUGGAAGCACCAAAUGGAGGGUGAAUAAAAAGGUACUCGCUGUGGUAGAGAGUAUUUGGGCUAGUGGUGGCAACAUUGCAGGCUUGGUUGAUCGUAAUGAUAUUCCUAUACCAGAGAAACCUUCUUCAGAGGAUUCAACAGAAAGCCAAGAGUGGAAAUGGAGUGUGAGAAAGGCAAACAAGAUUAACCGAGAGAGACAUUCUCAACGAUGUGACACUGAACUUAAGCUUUCUGUGGCUCGGAAAAUGGAGAAUGAGGAAGGCUUUUAUUAUCCUCACAAUCUUGAUUUUCGAGGCCGUGCAUACCCCAUGCAUCCACAUUUGAAUCAUCUAAGUUCUGAUCUCUGUCGAGGAGUUCUUGAAUUUGCUGAAGGACGACCACUAGGGAGAUCUGGCUUACAUUGGCUGAAAAUACAUUUAGCAAACCUGUUUGCUGGAGGUGUUGAAAAGCUUUCACAUGAUGGGCGUCUAGCAUUUGUGGAUAAUCAUUUAGAUGAUAUAUUUGAUUCAGCAGAAAACCCUAUUAAUGGUAACCGGUGGUGGUUAACAGCUGAGGAUCCUUUUCAGUGUUUAGCUGCUUGUAUUAAUUUGUCAGAAUCCUUAAAGAGCUCAUCCCCACAUAGUGUGCUCUCCUACCUGCCAAUUCAUCAGGAUGGUUCCUGCAAUGGCUUACAGCACUAUGCAGCCUUGGGAAGAGAUAGUUUGGAAGCUGCAGCAGUUAACUUGGUUGCUGGAGAGAAACCAGCUGAUGUUUAUUCAGAAAUUGCUGUAAGGGUUCACAAUAUAAUGAAGAGGGACAGUGACAAGGAUCCUGCAACAAAUCCCAAUGCUUCAUUGGCAAAGCUCUUAAUUGAUCAGGUGGAUCGGAAAUUAGUAAAACAAACAGUAAUGACCUCAGUAUAUGGUGUCACUUUUGUUGGGGCACGUGAGCAAAUAAAACGACGAUUAGAGGAGAAGGGUCAUAUAACUGAUGAUAGAGUGCUGUUUGCCGCAGCUUGCUAUACUGCAAAAGUGACAUUGGCAGCCCUUGGAGAACUAUUUCAAGCAGCACGAAACAUAAUGGGCUGGCUUGGUGACUGUGCGAAGGUUAUCGCUUCGGAGAAUCAACCGGUGCAGUGGACAACACCUCUUGGACUCCCUGUUGUGCAACCCUACUAUAAAAGUGAACGACAUCUUAUAAGAACAUCUCUCCAGGUAUUAGCCUUGCAGCGGGAGGGCGACUCAGUAGAAGUUAGAAAACAGAGAACUGCAUUCCCUCCGAACUUUGUGCACUCACUUGAUGGUUCUCACAUGAUGAUGACUGCUGUUGCAUGCAGGGAUGCUGGUCUACAUUUUGCAGGGGUCCAUGACUCCUUCUGGACACAUGCAUGCGAUGUGGAGAAGAUGAACCAGAUACUCAGAGAAAAAUUUGUUGAGCUUUAUAGCAUGCCAGUUCUUGAAAAUUUGUUUGAAAGCUUCCAGACAUCAUAUCCAUCAUUGGUUUUUCCUCCCCUUCCAGAGAGAGGCAACUUUGACUUGCGAGAGGUUCUCAAGUCUCCUUACUUUUUCAACUGAUUCUUGAAGUGGAACAACAUUUGUAUAUUAUGUGCAGAAACAGUGCUAGCUUGUGCUACAAACAUUGCUAGCUUGUUGUACAUUCUUUUGCCCUAGAGCAUCAAGAAGUUUCGGAGAGGAGUAAAUCCCUGUGGGACUCAACUGAAAUUUGGGAUAUGAAGAUCUGACUGCUUUUGCUUCCGGGUAAGCUAUCUAGACUGUGUAGGAUUAGAAUUGUCCUUAACAGUGGCUGAGAUUUAUAGAGAAACCUUGUCUCUGGCUUUGAGGUACUGUUACUCAGAGGAAAUGGUUACUCCUUAUAUGGAAGUGUUAAUGAUUUCUAGAGCAUGGGUUGAAACUUCCUGGAAGCCAAGAGACAUUGUAGAUGCCAAAUACUUGCAGCGAUUUUUUAUAUGCUGCGGGAGCUGAUCAUCCAAGAUUACAACAGAUGUCUUUUUUGAGUGAUGUAAACAAGUAGCUGUUUCUAUUCUUUCAUGUCUAUUUGUUGUAUCAAAGGAACAAAAGAUAAUGUAGCAGGCACACGGGUAGUCACAUGCACCUGCUGAAUAUCAACCUAUGUACCUUAAAGCCAACAUAAUGAAAUAGAAGAAAAUUCUUUUAGCUCA